GCGCGUUGGCGCGCGCAGGCGCAGCCCGGCUUGUUCCGGAUCGCCCUGCUCUUAGCACCCGCUCCGUCCCUCCCGUCCCGCCUCCAGAUGCCGAGGAAGGAUGCGAUUGGGCACACUUGUUGCCCGUCAGACCAGACUCAAUUCUUCUCCCUACAAUUGGCAGCCCGGGAAAAGGCCAGUCCGUCGGCGGCGGCUUACUCCUUAGAGACCUGGCGCCACCGCGGAAGCCGCUAUUGGCGGACGCCCGGGACCGCGACUGCUCACUUCCGGCGCCGGCGACGACUCUGCCCGCUCGGGCACUCUCAGCCUCCCCCGCCCUUCCACCAUGGCCGCCUCUGUGUGGUGUGGGGAGAAGCUGGUCCUCCCAUAGCGCUCCUGCCGCAUCCUCACCCGCUAGGUGCCGGAUUCCAAGGAACCGCGUUUCCCAAUCCCGCCGGGAAGGUUUCCCACCCCUAAUUCAGGGCCAGAACUCCUUCCCACACCUCGAGAGGCAGAAACUUAGGGUUUCC